AAAGAUUUUGCAUUGCAUUUCUUAUGAUGACCUGGUCGAGAGAGUACGAUACAUCGGUGUAAAAGAUUGAUCCCUUUGGAUCUUGGUCCAUGAUGGCCUUUUUAUUAAUAGAACUGGAAGAGGAGGAAAAGAAAUAGCUUAUGAUAACCAUCUAUUUGAGUCGAUCAUUUCGUAGAUCUCAUUCAAGUUUUUUUUAUGCAGUGGAAAGGCCUUAAAAUCUGAAGUUUUACGCUUAAAGGAAGAAAUGUUCACAGAAGGUUGAGAAGUAGUACGGGGGGAAUGUGAGAUCGAAAGUAACCUAGCGCAAUAUUUCGGCGUAAAUGAAAUAAUGAAUAAGGACAGAAAAACCAACUCAUGUUUAGGGAGUUCAUCAGAACUUUAACUGCUAUCAUUGCUGCUUUUCUUGCUUUGGCGGGAGCUGCAUGGUCCUUGAAUUUUUUUUUCAUUGCUUCUUUCUGCCUAUUUAAUUCUAUCUAUUGGUUGUUUAUUUAUAGUAAUACUCUGUAUCUCUUUAUUAUUUCCGAUGAACAGUCACUCACUUUUGACAGUUAUACGAUUCCAGAAGAUGAUCUAGAAUUGGGUCAAUUACGUUUAUUAGAAGUGGACAAUCGAGUGGUUGUACCAGCCAAAAGUCAUCUACGUAUUAUUGUAACAUCUGCUGAUGUACUUCAUAGUUGGGCUGUACCUUCCUCAGGUGUAAAAUGUGAUGCUGUACCUGGUCAUAAUAUGUUACAAAAAAAAGGUUGGUUAAAACCAAGGUGGGAAACCCCUGAUUUCCUAUUUAUCUUUCUGUUGGGAAUCUUCCUUCCCCUGCCGUCAUUGGCAUUUUGUUCUGGGAAUCCAGAGACUCCCCCCAUCGAUACCUCCGGGUUCUUUGCGGAACCCCCUGCCCCCUAUGCUUGGCAACAAAAUGGGCAAGUGGGUCCGGUUAUAGCGGAACCGCAGCAGAUUCCGGCGGCUAUCGACCCGGAACCCUUAUGGGCAGACGAGGUCCGCCGAAGAGCUCUCCGGACCCGCUUGGAUCUGCGGAAUCAACUAAAUAUCCGGCCGCUUAGUCCGCAGGUUAUGACGCAAAUUAUAGACUAUCAAAUCUUGGUCGAGAGGGAAAUAGAGAAGUACCUAUUAGCCCAAGGGUACCACCGGGCUAAUUUGGUGCGGAAUUGGCUCGAGAUACGGCAACAAAUCUUUUCUGGGGAGCGGUUCACAGUCCGCAACUAUCAGAGGCUCUGGGGAACCAUUCAAGAUUUUGGAAUUGAGAAUUCCGCCCCCCUCCAGAGGGUUCGCCGAGGGAAUCAUUUACUAUAAAUCAAAAGUAGUGUCGUGGAUAAAAAAAGAAUCUAGUCUAAUGACUCGCAGAUGUAGGAUAGGGGAUAAAGAACCCGAACCGAACUGCGUGACCAAAGCGACUCCUACGGAAAAGUAAAUCGAAAGAUUUGCAGCCAGUUCAAGCCUGGCAAGUCGCGCCUUUCAGUCGAGCUACUCUCUCUCGUAUUCCGCCCCUCUACGCUUCGAAGGAGUUCCGGGAGCAAGAAUCUCUUUCAAGUUCA